CCCGAGAAGUCGAGAACAAUUCGCUCAAAUUAGCUAUUCAUUGCGAGGUGGCUACCCAUGUUUGCCGGGUCAGCUUCCUCCCGGACAUGGCCCGGUCCGGCAGUGACGCAGGUCCGUGUAGCGAUCUAUGUUUUACACGUGUUCUCGUUGCCUUGGCUACUACCGGUCCGGGUAAACGCGGUUAGAAUUCAAAAGCGAAGGGACACACCGUUCUCGCUAACCUUUUCGGCACUGGAGAUCUGGACGAAGAAUUGCGAGAGAACGCCACGACGCCGUUCGAGCAUCACCGAUACGCCGCUAACUUAUGUGAAGCAGAUAGUGAAGCUUGUCCAAAUGCAGAAAUGGGUAAACCGUGUAGCAUGCCGUUCGCCAACCAGCAUUCACAAUAAAUAGCACGAUUUCGCUCGUUCGAUUGACACACAACUAUCAGGAGGUGCAGGCGUGCAGCACACAUACGAACCCCUGUGCGAGGUGUUUAGCCAUUUAGCACAUUUGCUUCGGCGCGUCGUGAGAUAAUUAAGCUAAUGGAUUUCUUGGCACCGGCGGGGUAUCGGGUCAGCAUAGCUGACGGAUACUUGCAAGCACACUUUUCUUCUC